GUCAUGUGACCACCUGACGAUGACAUCAUGUCUGUCUAAGCUGACUAAAGUGUGUGUUUAACGGGUUCGUUUCGUUUCUGUUUUAUGGUUCACGUGUAGGAAUCGAGAAUUGUUAGAAUUGAACAUCGUUCCUGGAGGGGCAUAACCGAAGACUUUUGAAAACGCGAUUAUCUUCAAUUACCCAGCAUGCCUCGCUUGUUGCAGUGACUAUGUAGAAAACAGUCAGCUAGCGACACCCAUCAGGUUCCCGUUACUAUGCCAUUUUUUCGGUGAAAUAAAGAAACGAGGGGAGACAAGUAUCCGGAGAAGGCGCUGCCGAAACAUCAGCGAUGCCUCUCUUCACCACCAACCCUUUUGACCAAGAUGUCGAGAAAGCCACCAGUGAGAUGAACACGGCCGAGGACUGGGGCCUCAUCCUGGACAUAUGUGAUAAGAUCGGGCAGUCCCGCACAGGUCCUAAAGAAUGCCUCCGUUCUGUCAUGAGGAGAGUGAACCAUAAGGACCCCCACGUUGCUAUGCAAGCCCUGACACUUCUCGGCGCUUGUGUCUCCAACUGCGGCAAAAUUUUCCAUCUGGAGGUGUGCUCCAGGGAGUUUGCCAGUGAAGUCAGUAACGUCCUCAACAAGGGUCACCCAAAGGUGUGCGAGAAGCUGAAGGCCCUGAUGGUGGAGUGGGCCGAAGAUUUCCGCAACGAUCCCCAACUCAGCCUGAUUUCAGCCAUGAUCAAGAAUCUGCGAGAGCAGGGCGUCACUUUCCCCAUUGUGGGGUCCCAGGCUGCUGAGCAGGCAAAAGCCAGCCCGGCGUUGGUGGCGAAGGAUCCCGCCACGUCAACAAACAAAAAAGAGGAAGAAGACCUGGCCAAAGCCAUCGAGCUGUCGUUGAAAGAGCAGCGUCAGCAGCCGCUGGCGAGCCUUUACCCAAACGCCUCCAGCUUGGUUUCCUCUCACAAGUCUGACGGCAGGAAAGUGCGAGCCAUCUACGACUUCGAGGCGGCGGAGGACAACGAGCUGACCUUCAAGUCUGGAGAGAUCAUCACUAUUUUGGACGACAGUGACCCCAACUGGUGGAAAGGGGAAACGUACCAGGGAAUCGGCUUGUUCCCCUCCAACUUUGUGACUGCAGACCUCAGUGCUGAGCCUGAGAUGAUGAAAAUGGAGAAGAAGUCGGUGCAGUUCAGUGAGGAGAUCCAGGUGGAGACCAUCGAGCCCCAGCAGGAGCCCGUCUUCAUAGACGAGGACAAAAUGGACCAGCUGCUGCAGAUGAUCCAGAGCGCCGACCCGACAGACAACCAGUCCGACAGCGUGGAGCUGCUGCAGCUGGAAGGUGCUUGUAAUCAGAUGGGACCUCUCAUUGACCAGAAGCUGGAGGACAUAGACAGGAAACACUCGGAGCUGUCGGACCUGAACGUGAAGGUGAUGGAAGCUCUGUCUUUGUAUGCGAAGCUGAUGAAUGAAGAUCCCGUCUACAACAUGUACGCCAAGCUGCAGAGCCCGCAGUACUACAUGCAGCAGCAGCAGCCUGCCGGCGCCACACAGCAGGUCUACCCCGGUCAGCCUGGGUCCGGCUCUUAUGCCAUGGGCAGCACGGGGGUGCAGGGCUACGCGGUUCCUCUGGAGCAGCUUCCUGCUGGAGCCCCCAUCCCCGCUCAGCCCGGUCCGGGUGACGUCCACAUGUACAUGGGCCAGCCGCCGGUCUACACCGCCGCCCCGGGCAGCAUGGCCCCGCCGGACGUUCAGACGUACCCGAACCCCGCCAGCGCCGCCCCCGCAGGCAUGACGCACGCCGCCAACUACAGCGGCCCUCCAGCCACCAGGAUAGCGCCACCUGCAGACCUCCCGCAGGGCGCGUACUCGGAGAAGGCGCUGCUAUAGGUCCCCCGCGGCACGUGCACAGAUCUGGGCUAAGGUAGUUUCUGGGUGGUCUCUAGUUUGCAAACGGGGUAGACUGACACUGACAUCUGCUGCACUUUAAUGAACCCGGUUAACCUACACUGAACAGCCACAGCGAUGUUUCCAUGGAAACGCCGCAUCCAACUGGGUGGUGUCCUUUGGACGUGAGCAUGAACGUUGUGGCUCUUCAGUGUUUCUUAGGAGGUCGUUUAAUAAGCUUUGAUGGAUUCAGAUGUUCUGGAAGAAGCUGCUCUCAGCUGGACUGAUCCAAGUUCUGACAGAACAGAACCUGAAUCUGUCAUCCACAAAAACACUACCACUCUUUCUUUCUUAACCUUUUCCUUUAGGAACAAUGAUGCAAACCUUUUUAUUUUUAUUAAUUAUUUUAAAUAAUUUGUCUGUAAAGACCUGAAGAAAUGAACCUAAACCCAAACUAUUAUUAAAGUUUAGAGCUGAGUCUCUCUGUUGGUCGUAGAAACAUUUCAGGACCGUUUGACGAUUCAAACUCCGGUAAAAUGACCAGGUCGCCACUUCAGACGGGAGCGUCAUCCCAGUUUGAUCAAGAGUGACAUGAAACUGAUUUGUUCCUUCCCAAGAAAAGCAGCAGAGACCCCAACAACGGAACCGAACGCGGUUCCAGAAACCAUCAUGACGGAAACCAUGAAGCUUCCGCUGCCGUGUAAUGAAGUCGACCUGUAGAUGUCUUGAAAACUGCAGCCACUUUGUUUUUGUGGAGGGAACACGUGCACAUCUGUAUGGAAACCGCACUGGAGAGGCGCUGAAGCAGCCAGCCAUCCGACGGCGGGCUUCGGAUCAACACGGUGACGAAGGGGGCGGGGCAUGGACGGUUAGAGCCCCGCUUCCAUCCAGACUGGCGUUUCCUCUCUUAAUUUAUUCAGUGGAGCAGCAUCACGUUUGGAGAAGGAGCUGCCAUGUUCUCAUGAUCUAAGCUGUAUAUUUAAAUCCCUCCCAUGAGAACACGGACGUUUGUGUGUGUUUGAUACAUGCUUGUUGUACUGUAGGGUCAAAGGUUAAAGUGAGAACUGACUGAACGCCUCAUGCAUUUCCUCCUGUCCGGUCCCUGAGCUGUGGAAAAACCAAGUCUACCUUAAAUGAGGCGGAGCUGUGCUGGCGGUUCGGAUGGUCGCACGCCGUCAGCCGCUCCACUUUGAUCUUGUUGUGAAGUUUAAAAAUGAAGCUUUUUACUUUUCAGGCGCACGACGUGAAGGACUUUGAUACGGCAGAGGAAUGCGGCCCCCACUAAAAACAAAAACAUUGUAAAAAGUACAAGAGAUAAGAAACGCUAAACUUGUAAAAUAAAAAAAUAAAAAAGGAAAAUUUACGAGAAUAAAGUCAUAAAAUCAUGAAAGUAAAAAACUUAGGAGAAUAAUCGCACAAUUAUUAAAGAGAAGUCAACAUUUGUCAAAAAAAAUCAUACAUUUCUCAUUUAAAAUUUGAAAUUUUACAAGAAAGAAGUUGUGCUGUUUGAAAAAUAAUUUUGUAAUUAAAUGAAAAUAAAUCUUCACAAAAAAUAAAAUCAAAGCAAAAUGCAACAUUUAAUUUUGAAAAACAACUUUUUCCUUAAAUUUAAGACCUUAAAUAUUCAAUUUACAACUUUUAUUCUUGUAAGAUUUCCACUUUUUAAAAAUUGCAGCUUUUUUUCUCGUAACUUAUGACUUUAGUAAAACUUUCCACAUAGUUCUCAUGAUUUUAUGACAUUAUUCUUGUAAAAUUGUCAAUUUUCUUUAUUGCUUUGUUUUAAAAAAAUCUGAUUCUCAUUUGAAAUUUUAUGAAAGUAAUUUCAUGAAAUUACUUUCCUAAAAUUUCCACCUUGUUCUCAUGAUUUUACAACUUUAUUUGACUAAAAUUGUGACUUUUUUUCCUCAUACUGUAAUUCAAUGCAUUUAUUUUGAUUAAAUUUGGAUUCAGUUCUCAUCAUUUUAAGACUUAAUUUUCUGUAAAUUUGUACUUUUUUCUAUAUUUUAGGUCUUUUUUGGUGAGAUUUUGAUUUUUUUCUUGUCUUAAAACUUUCUUCUCAGCAAAUGUUGAGCAGUUUUCUCAACAUUUUUUAUUCUUAUUUUCCUAAAACUGUGUGGGACGCUGACUAAUGAUUUGUUGGUGACGCCGUUUUUACCUUCAUGUGUUUCUCAUUUGUUCUCGUCACCGUCACUCAGCCUUAAGUUAAUAAAACCACACUCAUUUCAAGAUUUCCGGCGUGCAAACCUUUUUUUUUUUUUAACAUCGUUGUUUUUUUUGUUAGGAAUAGUCGUCAUCUUUUUGUUGCCUUCAUGACGUUUGAAACGCGCUGAAAAUGUUCGUUUUUCUGGGACCACAAGGAGUCAGUUCAUUAUCGCUCUGUGUGCAAAUGGAGCAUUGUGGGUAAUUUCAGCACUAUAGACUGCAGUUUGGAUGUAAAGAUUUCAUUUUGUAAAAAGUUCCGAUGCUGCCUUUUUGAGUUGAAGCCCCCGUUGUUGUAAACCGUUGUCUGCCCUCCUGGUUUUGUCUUCUUUUUAACCCGAAUAUUCACAAUAAAUGUAGGCCAGAUGUACAGAGGAGAACCUAUG